UGUAGUUAAAAAUCUGGCUGCUGUGAGUGACUUAAAUGUGAAAAAUGGAGAACACUGAGAUUUUUAAAAAACGGGCCGGAACAACCGACAAAGGCAGAGAUUAUGAGGAUGUGGUUCUCGCCAAUGUUGUACUAAGGCUAUUAAACGACCCCAGAGUAAAAACGUUCCAGAUCUCAUCAAACGAUGAAGAUUUUGGGGCGUUUGAUGAUCUGGUCGUUAAGCUUGCGUCGGAUAAGGAAAACGACAUUCGGGUUAAAGCGGUGCAGUUAAAACACACCGAGAGGAAAGUACUCUCUCUAGAAAAUUUGCUAACCGUAAAAGGAGACUUCAGUAUUAAAAAAUACUACAAAAGUUACACAGAAAUUAAGAAGCAAAUAGAUGAACUGAUUUUGUUCACAAACCGCCCGUUUAACCCUCCCGACAACGCAACCUUCCAACUUGAGGGCGAAGGAUUUUACGUAAAGCUUAUUAAAAGAGAAGUUAACUCAGACAUUUCAGAAAAUAUUAGUCAUGUUUAUCAAUUUGAAAUAGUAGAUGAUGAAUCGACAGUGGAGAAUUUUAAAAAAUAUCAGGAAUUUUUUCACAAGUUUUUUCUCUAUACCGACCAAGAAAAUUGUGAUACUCUAAAAAAAAUAACCGCUAACAAAUUCAAAACAACAUAUUGUUCAGAUGACGAAACAUUCGGUAAAUUUCUCAAAACAGUUGCUGAAUGGAACGUCCAAGAUGGGAAGAAAGAAAAGAUAGAUAAAGACUGGACGCAGCUGGUACUUGCGUUACAUCUUCUGUGCACUCAUACUGAGUCUCUAUCUUUCGGUCCAGUUAAUGAGAAAAUGAAAACUUUUCGGGAAGCGAUUUCCUUCUUUGAUGUCACACUGAUUGAGGACAAUUCGGUCGAAACGGUUAAGCAACUGUGGGGUGAUGUUGGAAAGGAAAAAAGUAUUGACUUUAAGGAAUUAAAUAAAGUUAGAAGGAGAUAUCUACCUACUCUCGCACAUAUUAAAGCCAACGACAUUGGCACCAUAGAUCCCAAAGCCUUUACUCAACUUUUGUGGGUAAUGGACGAAUGUCCAUUAAUUUUACGUGAAUGGGAAAAAAUAAAAAAUAUUAUACAGCUGUGUCCCGACAAAAAAUUCGUUUUGGUUGGCGGAACUAGAGAUGAGGAAUGGGUGAACAAGUAUACCGUGUUCCAAAAUCUGUCAGACUUGAGUUUGAAGCUUCGUAAAGAUUUAAUGCAAAAUUUUACCAUUUCGAUUCAGGGAAAGGGCGAACUUGAUCUUGUAACAUCUUUUGGCAGCAAUGAAGAUAUUUUCAAAAAUGUUUCAACUGAUACCCUCGUCGAAAUGCUGAACGGUACAUGCUGCAUAGGAGGAACAAAAGAAACGCUAGCCCAACCUUAUAUAGAACGCUAUAUUUCGCGAAAUGUCGUUGAUAAUACAUAUUUAGAAAAAGUUCACGAAAACACAAUUAUUAUUCUAAAUUCUGCCAAUAAUUUAGACAAAGUUAAAAGCAAACUCGAUAAAUGUGAAUUAAUUGACAUUAAUAACUUCUUACUGAAAAAAAAUCAGAAUGGCGAAAAUCUAACAAAUAAUGACUUUAACGUUAAUGAAUCUAACUUUAAUGACAAAAAUUACGUAGGUAACAGAAAAAAUAAUAAGUUAGAUUCUAAUCUAAACGACAAUAAAUAUAAUUCUCGUUUUGAUAAAUCAAGUUUUGCCAACACAGUUUACAUUGGUACUAGGCAUUAUAAAAAUUCUGAACUUCAACAAAUUUAUAACGAGCAGAAAAUAACAAAACAAUUUCAUUAUUUUAAAAUUUUGAAUGACGGAAAUUUGGAAUGGCUUUUUAGCAAAGGUGAUGUUAGUGAUGUAGAGUCUUACAAAUUGCCUGACGCAUAUCCUACCGAAGAAAAUGACUUGUGGUCUUCUCGGUUAGAUUAUAACAUCAAUCUUAUAAUUGGAGAACCGGGAAUGGGCAAAACCGAGUUAAUGAAAAGCUUAAAAAAUAAAUGUUCUCGCGAGUAUUGGACAGUGUUAAUUAGUCCCAAGGAUGUUAAUUUAUUUUUUCGCAAUCCUGAUUUCUCUAAAACGGAAAAUUGUUCAGAUUUAUUUGUAAAAUUCAUUACCAAUAAAAAAUAUGAGUCGCUCAACACACUAGAUCUAAUGUUUUUCGAGAUGUGCUUAAAGAAAAACAACGUAAUUUACGUGUGGGACGCACUCGAUGAAAUCCUUAAUAAGAAUUUAGAUGCUGCUUUAAAUAUAAUUCACGAUCUUUCAACGAAAGGGUUCCGUCAGUGGGUUACAAGCAGACGACAUUUAAAAUCAACUCUAGAAAAUAAAUUCAAUUUGUUGUCGCUUAGUAUAAAUCAGUUUAACGCACAAGAACAAGAAAAAUAUAUCAGAAAACGUCUAGAACCUAUUAAUUCAAAACACAGUAUUGACGUAACGCUGGAAAAAAUUAACUCUUCUUUUGCAAUUGUAGAACACAUAGAUAUACUAGGUAUCCCUCUGCAAAUAUUCAUGCUUACUGAACUCUUUCGUCAAAAUAGCGAAAAAUAUUUGAAACUAAUGGACAACACAUUCGUCUUGACUGACCUUUACGAAUAUUUUAUUCAGGAAAAAUUUUAUAACUUUUACAAAUACAAAAUGGGAUACGAUUUAGAAAAUCCUACAUUGGAAGAUGAAGUCUGUGAAAAAAAAAGAAAGGCUUCAGAGUGUUACGAAAGUGUGUCCUUUACAGUAAUGUUUGACGAAGAAAUUAUGCAGCGACUAAAUAUUAAUUACGAAAAAUCCAUAAAAAAACUUGUACGAAAGUAUGCAUCUGUGGGUCUUGUUAAUGACUUUGAAAAUAAUGUUCCACGUUUUGUGCACAGUUCCUUCGCUGAAUAUCUAGUUGCUAGAUACUUUUCAAAAAAUAUUAAUAAUUUUAAGGACACAAUUGCGGACUUGUUGUUUGACGCAAGGUAUAAUCACGUUCGAUUCUUUUUCGACAUGUUGUUGGCUAAAAACUCAAAAGCUCACAUAGACAUAUUGUAUAAACGUUACGAGCUACUUAAAUUGUACGACGACGAAAUUUUAAAUCGCAAAGAUAAAGGGGGAAGAAGUGCUUUACACUUAAUUUCGUCAUGGGGGCAAAGACAUCCGCGUGUGAAAGUAACACACGUAAAGAACAAGUGUAUUGUGCACGAAAAUAGCAAUUUCGAUAGAAAAGCGGAAACCAAAAUAUAUUUUGAAACGAUGACGUAUUUGCAAAAUACGAAUGAUGUUGGCGAACGUGAUAUGUUGUUAAAUGCAACUCCUUUGUCGUAUGCCCGAAAAAGUGAGAGCCUAGGAGCGCAAAUACAAUUACUGCAAACAAAAAAACAUGAAUUGAGACAAUCUCCUGAUGACAUAAUUAACGUUAUAUAUUAUUCUGCUUUACUGGGUUACGAUGACUUGUGUAAACACUUCACAGUGGAAGAGUUGAAUAAUUUUUUGUGCGAGAUGGAAAUUGUUACCGCAGAAAAUUAUGAAACACCUCUGUGGCUGGCCUGUCAAAAUGGUAAUAUAAAAAUCGUUGAGUAUUUUGUAAGAUGUGGUGUCGACAUCAAUUGUGUUACUACAUUCGGUGCAACACCACUUUACAUAGCUUCUUUUAAGGGUCACGAAAAAGUUGUCGAAUACUUGGCGACAGUCGGCGCCGAAAUCAAUUACGCUGAUAAAAACGGAGUGACACCACUUUUCGUAGCUUCUGUAAUGGAUCACGAAAAAGUUGUCGAAUACUUGGCGACAGUCGGCGCCGAAAUCAAUCGCGCUGAUAAUAACGGUUGGACACCACUUCACUCUGCUUCACUAAACGGUCACGAAAAAGUUGUCGAAAACUUGGCGACAGUCGGCGCCGAAAUUAAUCGCGCUACCAAUGACGGUUGGACACCACUUUACGCUGCUUCACUAAACGGUCACGAAAAAGUUGUCGAAUACUUGGCGACAGUCGGCGCCGAAAUCAAUCGCGCUGACAAUGACGGUCGCACACCACUUAUCACAGCUACUUUUAAGGGUCACGAAAAAGUUGUCGAAUACUUGGCGACAGUCGGCGCCGAAAUCAAUCGCGCUAACAAUGACGGUCGCACACCACUUUUCACAGCUUCUUUUACGGGUCACGAAAAAGUUGUCGAAUACUUGGCGACAGUCGGCGCCGAAAUUAAUCGCGCUGACAAUGACGGUUGGACACCACUUUUCGUAGCUUCUGUAAUGGGUCACGAAAAAGUUGUCGAAUACUUGGCGACAAUCGACGCAGAAAUCAAUCGCGCUGAUAAAGACGGUGCGACACCACUUUACAUAGCUUCCCAAGAAGGUCACGAAAAAGUUGUCGAAUACUUGGCGACAGUCGGCGCCGAAAUCAAUCGCGCUCAGAAUGACGGUUGGACACCACUUCACAUAGCUUCACAAAACGGUCACGAAAAAGUUGUCGAGUACUUGGCGACAGUCGGCGCCGAAAUCAAUCGUACUAAUAAAACCGGUGCGACACCACUUUACGUAGCUUCACAAAACGGUCACGAAAAAGUUGUCGAAUACUUGGCGACAGUCGGCGCCGAAAUCAAUUGCGCUGAUAAAAACGGAGUAACACCACUUUACGUAGCUUCUCUAAUGGGUCACGAAAAAGUUGUCGAAUACUUGGCGACAGUCGGCGCCGAAAUUAAUCGCGCUAACAAAGACGGUUGUACAGCACUUCACGCUGCUUCACUAAACGGUCACGAAAAAGUUGUCGAAUACUUGGCGACAGUCGGCGCCGAAAUCAAUCGCGCUGGUAAUGACAGCUGGACACCACUUCACAUAGCUUCACUAAACGGCCACGAAAAAGUUGUCGAAUACUUGGCGACAGUCGGCGCCGAAAUUAAUCGCGCUAACAAUCACGGUUGGACACCACUUUACGCUGCUUCACUAAACGGCCACGAAAAAGUUGUCGAAUACUUGGCGACAGCCGGCGCCGAAAUCAAUCGUGCUAAUAAAACCGGUGCGACACCACUUUAUGUAGCUUCACAAAACGGUCACGAAAAAGUUGUCGAAUACUUGGCGACAGUCGGCGCCGAAAUCAAUAGCGCUGAUAAAAACGGAGUGACACCACUUUUCGUAGCUUCUGUAAUGGGUCACGAAAAAGUUGUCGAAUACUUGGCGACAGCCGGCGCCGAAAUCAAUCGCGCAGAGAAUGACGGUGCAACACCACUUUACGUAGCUUCACAAAACGGUCACGAAAAAGUUGUCGAAUACUUGGCGACAGUCGGCGCCGAAAUUAAUCGUGCUAACAAUGACGGUCGCACAUCACUUUUCAUAGCUUCUUUUACGGGUCACGAAAAAGUUGUCGAAUACUUGGCGACAGUCGGCGCCGAAAUUAAUCGUACUAACAAUGACGGUUGGACACCACUUCACGCUGCUUCACGAAACGGUCACGAAAAAGUUGUCGAAUACUUGGCGACAGUCGGCGCCGAAAUUAAUCGUGCUAACAAUGACGGUCGCACACCACUUUUCACAGCUUCUUUUACGGGUCACGAAAAAGUUGUCGAAUACUUGGCGACAGUCGGCGCCGAAAUUAACCGUGCUAACAAUGACGGUUGGACACCACUUCACGCUGCUUCACUAAACGGUCACGAAAAAGUUGUCGAAUAUUUGGCGACAGUCGGCGCCGAAAUUAAUCGCGCUAACAAUGACGGUUGGACACCACUUCACGCUGCUUCACUCAACGGUCACGGAAAAGUAGUCGAAUACUUGGCGACAGUCGGCACCGAAAAGUCUGUAAAUGGUUAUCGUAUCCGGAAACAAUAAUGGGUGUAUGUUUUAUUUUGAAAGCAGAUACCUACUAAUGUCGUGAAAAUUUUGACAUCGUCAAUUUGCAGCCAAUAUUUUGUCCGUCCUUAACACAUAACACGCCGACAAGGUAAAUUUGAAAAUUAUUAAACACUUUAGUUGUCAAAAGUAGUGUAUGUAGAGUCGAAGUCCAUACAAAAUAUUAAUUAAUUAACAGAAUCCCAUGCACUUGUAAUAUUAAUUUCUAGUGGAAAAAUAUUUUAACAUAUCUGGCUAGAAUUUGAACAUGGCUUGAGACAGCUCGCCAUACAUCAGUAUGCUUGGUUUUCCACAAAGAAUAACCCCCAUUGUAGUUAAAAAUAGAAAACUAGGGAGCAUAGCACCAAUUUAAAUAUUUGCGACAAAUCAAACGUAUCUUAUACCCGGACAAAUGUAUUCACUCAUUCCAGUAUCAUUGAUUAUAAGUUGCGAUGUUAACUGACAAAUCAAGCGUAAUACUGACAAUCCUUCUAUAUCACUUCAUCACGUUUGCUUAGUCCUCUGUCUCCAAUAAAAAAUUGUAAUCGAUUAUCUGCAGCGUAUGCAUUAUAAUUGUUGAUUUUAAACAAAAACAUGGAAAAGUUAUUAAUGUCGCUUACAAUCGCCAAUAAAACAAAAUUUUUGUAAAAAACAUAAGUACAUAACUAUUGCGUUUGCUCUAUUAUUGAACAAGAAGAACUCCAUGCAUGGUACCGUUUAGUAUUAUCUACAAAGUAGCUGAAUCGAUUUGUAAGAAAAUUGAAAAGAAGGAAAUGACAAUAUCACAAUUAAAUAAUGGAAAUAUUUUGAGGACUCUUUCUUUCAGAACAUCCUAAAUUACUGGUUGCCAAUGAAUAAUUCAGCUUAUUUAUAUAAUCUACGUUAAGUAUAUUACGAAAUCCAACACAAUAAUGCGAAAUAACGAAGCAUUCUAACAAAGUUGGAUGUGUUAAUCGGAAUUCUCGAUAAAACUCUUACAAAUUUUUAUCAAAAGGGUAAGAACUGAUGAUUCUUUAUUAUGUUGACAGAGAAAUUACCGGAAGAUUGAAGUACUUAGCAGCCCUAGCAAUAAGCGUACCAAUUUUAAGCAGUCGGGGACAUUUCUCAGAAAAUUCAUAAACAUCCAGCUUAAAACAGGCAUCAUCUUUUGGGAGACCAUCCUGCGAAUUUCUGUUUCUAUAAAAAAUUCUGGCUUAAGAGAAUUUUUUUUGUUCUAAGUGUCAUGCAUGUCCAAAAAUGUAGUACGCCUUCUUUAAUGUUACACAAAAUUUAUGACACGAUCUUACGAAGGAAACAUGGUCUCAACGGAGUUGAACGAUUUAUUAAAAGAAAAAUGAAAUUUCAGCAACAGCUACACAUGUUUUUUGAUGUAUUUUCGGACCGUGACAAAUGCACAACGUAGUGUUUGGGGUUUGGUCUGGACAAAUUUUCUGAUGAAGAAGAUCUACUGAAACCUAACGAUGGCUUCCCAAUGGAAUCGUCUUCGAAAAGCAUUAAAAAUGUUAAGGAUUUUUGAAACUGGCAGAGGAAUCGAAGAAAAACCUAUACUCAAAACGCCCCAUCAGUCGAAUCCACAAGAAAGUCAAAUAUGUAUACAAAAGUGUCCUACGUAUAUGUAAAAAAUAUAUAUCUUAACUUAGUGGUAUACUUAUGUUAAAAAGCAUCUUCGAAAAAUAUCUGUGUUUAAUAUAGUUAGAUAUGUGCAAUUUUUCUAAUUUUAGUAACAACACUACUGCCAUCUUUAUUAAAUUUGUUAUAAUUA